UAUUAGCUGUCUGCCAGUCUCGUGUAGGGAUGGACUGACCAUUUGGAAACUCGGGCACUGCCCGAGGGCCCGUAGUCAGUAGGGGGCCCCAUGAGAUGCCCCUGGUACAUUUUUCAUUGGCUUUUUUUAGUUUGGGCAAGGACACAGGGGCCCCAUGAUCCCCUAUUGCCCGGGGGCCCCAUGACUUGUCAGUCCGCCCCUGGUCUCUGCUGCCUAUCAGUAUCCAACAUUACUGCAUAUCAGUGCAGCUUCAUCAAUGCACAACAGUGCCGCCUCAUCAGUGCC